UUUCGACUUACAUCAGUCCGCCAUCCACCAUCCUGCAGCAAGCCAUUGCUGAGCACAGAACUGAAUCUCAGAUCCAGAUUUCGACAAUUCCACACAGAUCUGAACCUGUACUCUUCCAGAGAGGUUUCUUUGGUCAAGAUCAGCGGAGUUCAGAUCUGAAAACAGAUCAGUCUUCAUGUGAUAAGUUACUUGAUAUUGAUCCGGAAAUUGAAAGGACCUUCAGAGCUUUGAGAAUUCAGGAGAAAAUUUCAGAGGACUCAGGAAGUUCUUUAUCAUCUUCAGAUACCCCCAUGGCUGAUCAUAGUAGGACAAUGAAGGAGCUUGCAGCUCCUGAUGAGGCUUUCAAGUAUUCAUGUAUCACUUACCCAACUUUAGCUGGUGAUUUUGAGCUGAGAUCAGGGUUGAUUCAUUUGCUUCCCAAAUAUCAAGGAUUAUCUGGAGAAGACCCAAACAGACAUUUGCAUGAAUUCCAUGUGGUUUGUUCAACCAUGAAGCCACAAGGAAUUUCAGAAGAGGAUAUCAAGCUAAGGGCUUUUCCAUUUUCACUUACUGGAGUAGCAAAAGAUUGGUUGUAUUAUUUACCACCGGGAUUUAUUACUUCAUGGAUUGAUAUGAAGAAGGCUUUCUUGGAGAAAUUCUUUCCAGCCUCAAGGACUGCAACUAUUAGGAAAAGCAUCUGUGGGAUUCAGCAAGUGGUGGGAGAGACAUUAUAUGACUAUUGGGAGAGAUUUAAGAAAUUAUGUUCAAGUUGUCCUCAACACCAAAUCAGUGAGCAGUUACUAGUCCAAUACUUCUAUGAGGGUUUAUUACCUAUGGACAGAAGUAUGAUAGAUGCAGCAGCCGGAGGAGCUUUAGUGAACAAAACUCCAGAGCAAGCACGGGAGCUAAUUUCGAACAUGGCUGAAAAUUCACAGCAAUUUGGAAGUAGAGCACUCACUACUAGAGGAGUUGGUGAGGUUCAAAUGGUUUCUAAUGAACAAAAGGAGAUAAAGAAUUCAUUGAUGGAAUUAACGACCUUGGUGAAACAAUUAGCUUUGAACAAUGCUACUCAACCUUCUGUUGUGCCGAAUAUGCAAUUUCCAUGUAAACAAAGCAUAGUUUGUAGCAUUUGUUCGAGUCAAGAUCACCUUUCAGAACUUUGUCCAAAUCUCCAUCAAGAUGAAUCUUUGGCAGCAUUCUCUAGAGCUCAGUUCCAACAAAAACAUGACCCGUAUUCAUCUACAUAUAAUCCGGGUUGGAGAGAUCAUCCAAAUUUGAAGUAUGGCAAUUUAUUCUAUCAACAUCCAUCUUCAAAUCAGCAUUUCAGCCACAAUUCCAGCAAUUUCCAGCAACCUCAGCAAGGUUUCCAGCAGCAAAAUCAGAAUUUCCAGCAGCAUAAUCAGAAUUUCCAGCAAGGUUUUCAGCAUCAUUAUCAACCUGCAAAUCAAUAUCAGCAAUCGUAUCAGCCUUAUCAGCAAUUUCAGAAUCAGAAUCAGAAUCAGCAUUAUCAAUCUCAAAAUCAGAAUUUCCAGCAAGCAAUUCCAGCACUUCCAGCACCUACAAAGAUGAGUUUAACUCAAGGAAUUUCCAAUAAUGUUUCAAAUUCAGAUCCACAGCAAGCUAGAUUGGAGGAAUUAAUGCAACAAAUUCUUCAGCAGCAACAAAAUCAGGAAAGGCAGAUUGGGCAAUUGGCUUCUAGCAUUAAUCAGAUUCAAGCUCAGGGAUCGAGUCAAUUACCAUCUCAAACAAUUCCGAAUCCUAAAGGGAACGUUAGUGCAUUAACUUUAAGGAGUGGGAGAAAAGUUUCAGAAUCUUCAAGAGGAAGAGCUGCUGCUGAAAAUUUUUCAGAAAUUCAGCCAUCCGGUUCCAGCAAUGAAGGACUUCCAGAAGUGCAGAAUGUGCCAGUUUCAAGUUCUAAUCCAAUUCACAUUGAUCCAUACGGUUUGGAACAUUCACAAGGAGGUGGAAAUCUGAUGCCAGAUUUUUCCAGCAACUCUUGUCUAGCUGAACAUUUUCCAACAGCAACAACUUCAGAAAGCAGCAAAUCUGGAAAUGCAGGAUUUCAGAAUUCAGAGCAGAGCAUUCCAUUGCCUUUCCCUCAACGCAAAGUUCAACCAAGGAAGAAUGUAGAGGAGGAGAAAGCAAAGGAGUUCCAAGAGCUUGUGGAUUUAUUUAGCAAGGUAGAAGUAAAUGUUCCUUUACUCACAAUGAUCAAGCAAAUUCCAAAAUAUGCAAAAUUUUUGAAGGAUCUUUGUGUGCACAAGAAGAAAUUGAAGGGGAAUGAGUUAAUUAGCAUGGGAAAGAAUGUGUCUGCACUUCUUCAAACAGUUCCUCAGAAAUGCGAAGAUCCUGGAGUUUUUACAGUUCCUUGUGAGAUUGGGAGUAAUUUGUUUAAAGAUGCCAUGCUGGAUUUGGGAGCUUCAAUUAAUGUGAUGCCAAAAUCAGUUUUUCAGACAUUAGGGAUUGGACCAUUACAACCUACAGGAGUAGUCAUUCAGUUAGCUGACCGCAGUCAGACUCACCCAGCUGGAGUUAUUGAAGAUGUAUUGGUUAAGGUGAGAGAACUUAUCUUUCCUGCAGAUUUUUAUAUCCUUGAUAUGGAGGGAGACUAUCCGGCCAGUAGAUCUCCACUCAUUCUUGGACGACCAUUUUUGAAGAUUGCAAGGACUAAGAUUGAUGUUCAUGCGGGCACACUUUCUAUGGAGAUAGGAGACACAGUGGUCCGAUUCAGUAUUCUUGACGCUAUGAAGCAUCCUAGAGAGGAUCAUUCAAUUCUUAGUUUGGAUAUUUCAGAGGAGCUGGACAGUAUAAAUUUCUUUUCAGUGAUUGAUUCAGACUCAGAUGCUGCAGAGGGUGGUAUAGGUGAUUUUUUGUUUUCAGAAGAGGAGGAUAUUUCAGCCUUGGGAGUGGAUGAUGAGUCUUGUGGAGUAUAUCCGAGUGAGAAAGAUAAUUUAUGCGUAGGGGAUUGCUUAGGAGAAGCUCUAUCCCUAGGAUCGCCCAGAGAAGAGAAAUUAUGUGUAGGGGAUUGCUUAGGAGAAGCAUUACCCCUAGGAUCGCUUUCAGUUGACCAGACACAGGAUGAGUUGAAGCAAUUACCGCCACAUUUGAAGUAUGCUUAUUUAGGAGAGAACCAGCAGCUACUUGUCAUCAUAGCCCAGAAUCUAGAACCAGAACAAGAAAGCAGAUUAUUAGAGAUUUUGAGGCAGCACAGGAAGGCCAUUGGAUGGACUUUAGCAGAUAUUCCUGGUAUUAGUCCUUCUAUUUGCAUGCACAGGAUUUACUUGGAGGAGGAUGUGAAACCAGUGAGACAACCCCAGAGGAGACUUAACCCGCUGAUCCUUGAUGUGGUAAAGAAAGAGGUGACUAGACUUCUACAGGCAGGUAUCAUUUACCCUAUUUCUGACAGUAAGUGGGUAAGUCCUAUCCAUGUGGUUCCAAAGAAAUCGGGGUGA